UUAGGCAUUUAUUCCAGUUCUGACAUUGAUUUCCCAGCCGUCAUGCCAACCCCAGAACACCCUCUAGUUCCUGUCUGGCCUGGCAUGGUCUGGGCAGGCGCCCCUCUUGCUCUGAACAAGGGCGUCGCUCCACUGGAACGGACUCUGGGACUCCCUGCGCACACCCGUGUCCCCACGUUUAGAGGGAGCUGCAGGAAGACGCCACUGUCCCUCUAGGGCCUGGACCAAGUUUUGUCCAAAAGUAAAAGUCCAAGGAAGGAACUGGUUCCCGACCACCCGCAGAGACGGUGCGCCUCAGCGAUCUGACCUCCCGCCCUGUUGUCACUCAGGAGCAGAGGGGCGGGUCCUUGCGAGCUUUCCAAUCAGGGGCGCAGCAGGGGCAGGUGGGUGUGGCGACGCUCCGCAGCCGCGUGGACGCUUGCGGUCCUGCUCGCGGCCAAGUCUCACCUGCGCUUAACGGUCCCAGGUGGCUCUGCUGCCGCGUCGAUCGCGCGGUGACCUGCACCGGCUGCGGGAGCCGUAGGGACGACGCCGGCGGACCGAGAAGCCGGGAAAUGGGAAAAGAACUUCAAGAUUUGAGAUGAAUGUGCUUAAGUUUUCAGGACCCAGUGGCCUUUGAGGAUGUGGCUGUAAACUUUACCCUGGAGGAAUGGGCUCUGCUGGAUCCUUCACAGAAGAAACUCUACAGAGAUGUGAUGCGGGAAACCUUGAGAAACCUGGCCUCAAUAGGGAAAAAAUGGAAAGACCAUAACAUUGAAGAUCAGUACAAAAACCAGGGAAGAAAACUAAGAAGUCAUAUGGUAGAGAGGCUCUGUCAAAGUAAAGAAGGUAGUCAAUGUGGAGGAAACUUCAGCCCUAUUCCAAAUCUUAAUCUGAACAAGAAAACUCCUAUUGAAGUAAAACCAUGGGAGUGCAGUGUUUGUGGAAAAGUCUUCAUGCGCCAUUCAUCCCUUAAUAGGCAUAAGAGAUCUCACACUUCACCUAAACCAUACAAGUAUCAGGAAUACGGAAAAAAGCCUUAUAAAUGUAAAGAAUGUGGAAAGGCUUUCAGCUAUCUCCAACCUUUUCAAAAACAUGAAAGAAAUCACAGUGUAGAGAAAUCUUACAAAUGUAAGGAAUGUGGGAAAUCCUUUAGAUAUCGCCAAUCUGUUCGAAAACAUGAAAGGACUCACACUGGAGAGAAACCCUAUCAAUGUAAACAAUGUGGGAAAGCCUUUAGAUAUCAUCAAACCUUUCAGACACAUGAAAGGACUCACACUGGAGAGAAGCCCUAUCAAUGUCAGCAAUGUGGUAAAGCCCUCAGUUGUCCCAGUUCCUUUCGAAGUCAUGAAAGAACUCACACAGGGGAGAAACCCUAUGAAUGUAAAAAGUGUGGUAAAGCUUUCAGUUGUCCCAGUUCUCUUCGAAAACAUGAAAGAACUCACACUGGAGAGAAACCCUAUGACUGUAAGGAAUGUGGGAAAGCCUUCAUUUCUCUUGGAAGCUUUCAAAGACAUAUGAUAACGCAUACUGGAGUUGGACCUUAUAAAUGUAAGGAAUGUGGGAAAGCAUUCAGUUGUCCCAGUUCAUAUCGAAUACAUGAAAGAUCUCACACUGGAGAAAAACCCUAUGAAUGUAAACAAUGUGGUAGAGCCUUUAGUUGUUCUAGUUCCUUUCGAACACAUGAAAGGACUCACACUGGAGAGAAACCUUAUCAAUGUAAAGAAUGUGGAAAAGCCUUCCAUUGGCUGACCACUUUCCAAGUGCAUGUGAGAACUCACACUGGAGAAAAACCCUAUAUAUGUAAGCAAUGUGGUAAAGCCCUCAGUUGUCCCACUUCCUUUCGAAGACAUGAAAGGACUCACACUGCAGAGAAACCCUAUGAAUGUAAACAAUGUGGGAAAACCUUCAGUUCUCCUCUAGGUUUGCAAAUACAUGGAAGAACUCACACUGGAGAGAAACCCUAUAAAUGUGAGGAAUGUGGGAAAGCAUUUGUUUCUCUCACAAGUUUUCGAAGACACAUGAUGACACACACUGGAGAUGGACCUUACAAAUGUAAGGAAUGUGGGAAAGCCUUCAAUUGUCCCAGUUCAUUUCGAAUACAUGAAAGGACUCACACAGGAGAGAAACCCUAUGAAUGUAAAAUAUGUGGUAAAGCCUUUAGUUGUUCAAGUUAUGUUCAAGUACAUGAAAGAACUCACACUGGAGAGAAGCCCUAUGAAUGUAAGGAAUGUGGGAAAGCUUUUAUUUAUCGUACAACCUUUCGAGGACACAUGAGAGUGCACACUGGAGAGAAACCCUAUAAAUGUAAAGAAUGUGGGAAAGCCUUCAGUCGACCCAGUUCAUUUAGAAGCCAUGAAAGAAUUCACACUGGAGAGAAACUCCUUGAAUGUAAACAUUGUGGGAAAGCCUUCAACUGGCCCACAUCCUUACAUAAACAUGUGAUGAGAAUGCACAGUAGAUAGGUAAAUUAUAACUGAAAAAUACAGGAGCAUUUUCAGUCUUAACAAAUACAAAGUCAUGUAAAAACACCACUGGAGAGAAAUGCUAUAAAUGUAAGUAAUAGGGGAAAGUCUGAUACAAAUUAAAUCAAGCAUAAUACUCCAGAGAAUUCACUACAUGAAAGAAAUGCUUCAAAAGUUAAAAAUAAUGAAUUUCAUUCUGAAACUCAGUCUCUGGACUAUGGCUUCCAGUUGUUCCUUUUCAACUGAACAUUGAGUUGAGACAAUUCUGUAAGCACUGUUUAAGCAAUAGUACAUAAGCUUAGUAGAUAGUGUUUUUCCUUGAAUCAGCUUAUAAAAUGUUAUCUUUCCAUUUUGAAGUCUGUUGGAUCUAUGGGUGAGUUAAAGUGUAUUUCUAAUAUAUAAGGAGGGUUAAUUUUAUAUAAUUUUUUAACUGUUCAGUAAGUGAAGGGGCCAUGGAAUAAUGACAUUUUGGUAUUUGUUGGGAUUUUCCUAUUGACCUCAUGUCACAGGUACUGGAUAUUCCUUAGCUGUUAAAAGUAUUCCUCCUUUCAUAUGAGAAAAGAUUUCUUUUACUUUCAUCAAAAGAGCCUUAUUUUCCUGGCUAAUAAAUAGUUGGCAUAAAUUUGUAAGUAUGCAGAGUUUAUCAUAGAGUAUUAUCUCAUUAGAAUUGCUAUUUACAUAUUUUCCCUUUACUCUUUGUCAUUUCUUCUGUGAUUUGGAUUAUUACACUUUAAGAGACCUGUGAUCAGACAAAAAAAAUGUAGAAUUGGAGAUGGCUCUCCUGGAAUGUGUUCGGUCAACAUGGGUAAUGUUUUGACCUAAUUUUCUAGAAUCUGUU